AUGCCAUUACAAGCGCUCUCGACGGAGCUCGAUGCCCAUAUCAUCGAAUACCUGCACGAUGACAGCCUCGGUCUUGAGGCUAUGUCGCGGGUCUCCAAGUAUUAUCGGUCACUAGCGGAGCCCGUCUUAUACCGGGACGUCGAGUUCGCCGAAUGGGACUAUGUCCGCAUGACGCGUCUUCUGAUGACGUUGUUGGACAGGAGGGAGCUCGCUCAGCAUGUAAAGGCAUUCAAGAUCGUGGCACGAGAGACCGAUACCUACGACCGCGUAAGGUUGAUCAGCGGAAACGAUGCCAUGGCCAUCGAUUUGUGGGAUUAUGUAGACUCCAUCCAGACGACCAUCCGCGACGCUACAAGGCCAGAGUACUGCCCAGAACCCAGCUUUGCGAUUGGAUGGUUCGGCAAGAUCUUCGCGCAACCUACAUCCAUCGACGGCGCCCUUGCACUGAUACUAGCAAUGACGGUCAAUAUUGAGACGAUCCGUAUAUGCCGGAUGCACUCUGGAACUCUAUCGCAUACCUACCAAGUCCUGGAACCGGCUUAG